UAAACAUCUGUAGCCGCUGAAACGGCUCAUCCUGUUUCCAACUAACAUGAUAGACACGUCAAAAGGAGAACAUUGAUUAUAUAUAGAUAUCCCUGAACAUCCGGUUCGAAAUGAAAAAACGUAAAUUUGACGUUUUUUAAAUGAAGUCUGGUCUCGUGCUGCCAAUCUCGAAUAAUCUCGAAACAACCCGCGAGGCUUCAGCCUGUGUUUUGUUUUUAAGCCGUUUUAGAGUUAAAGGCCGAGUUCAUGAGUUUCUGUUAGUUGGAGCAUAUUUGACCUGAACAGGAAACAUUCGUACCGGAAUGCGGGUCUCCCAGGUUUCGGCCCGGCUCUACCUGGGCGAUCUGGACUCGGCCCUGAACGCGGCCGUGCUGACCAGCAGGAAUGUCUCGCUCAUUAUCAACGCCAGCGGGCUGCCGGACCUCCCCUACCCCGCGCCCGAUGGCCUGCAGGUCCUCCACGUCCCAGUCCAGGACCGGCCCCAUGCCCAGCUGGGCCAGUACUUUGACCCGGUGACGGAGCGGAUCCAGCAGAACCAGGCCGGGUCCACUCUGGUCCACUGCACAGCGGGUCGGAGCCGCUCCGCAGCACUGGUCAUGGCUUACCUGAUGAGAUCUGAAGGCUUCAGCCUGCGUCAGGCCCACGAACUGGUUCUGGAGCGCCGGCCGUUUAUCCGACCCAACGCCGGGUUCUGGAGGCAGCUCAUGGAGUACGAGAGGGAGCUGUUGGGUCGGAACACGGGGUGUUAUCCAGAAACACGUCCAGAACCAGCGGGAUCCGGGUCCGUCCUCAGGGAGAAGCUGCUGCUUGAGAUUAAACCAGAGCCAACUGCUGUUCAUUCAGACGUUCUGCUGUUAGAACCACCAAAAUGGGCCCAACACCAAAAUAUUUUGUGAAGAAAACCAGGCUAGGACGUGCCUGGUUCUGACCCGACUGGGCUCGGUCGGUACCGACUCACCUGGGGA